ACACAUACGAGGCACACAAUAAUUGCAGGAUCCGUUUCAGUCCGGUAACCUCCGAUUGCCAGCGACUCGCGAGGCGGGUCGUCUCCUGGAAGAGGCUUGUAUCGCUCAGAAUGGCUCUCAUACAUUCGCUGGAGCCCCAAGAUCGCCUCACUAUCUAGGCAACUGUGGGUCCAUAAAUAUACGCCGUCUUCGUGCAUGUAAAAGGCAACUGUUUAACGUCAUUCGGAAGUCUAUGUAGCGAUUGUACCUUGGGAAGUGCCACAGGGACUUCGACCAACAAUCCGCCGAUGAUUGUUACUUCAGCUUCUCCUGCACGAUAUGUAUCAUAUCAUACAGACGGUAUAUUAUAUUUCUCAUGCAGCUCUGACCUGUUCACCGAGCUCUACACAAAGCCAGGGUGUCCGAAAAGGUACAUGUAGUUCAUUUCUCCUUUUCGCCACGCUCAACUUGUCCGCCACUUCAGAUGCAUUGCCUUGAAAGCUCCUUAAUCGAUGAGCGAUGACUGUCCUAAGCGAUCUCUCACGGUUCAUGUCCAACUCACGUACAUGGCUAUAUCUGACCGAUGACCUUCGUCAAUCACUUUUAUGUCAACAACGACCUCAGAAUUUCUUUUGCGCCGCUGCUCCAGGCUUGGAACGAAUGACGGAGACAGUUAGACUACGAAUGUCCGAGCAACCUGUGUGCCUAAUUUCGGCGAUGAAAAUGAUCGGAUGCACGCGUCGCACCUCAAACUUCUCGAACGUAUCAUCUUGUCAGGAUACUUCGCUUUGACAUCGACUGAC